AUGUCCGCAAACCCGCCAUCCUUCCAAUCUGCCCUUCUCGCAGGCGCCCUCGCUGGCACCACCGUCGAUCUCUCUCUGUUCCCUCUCGACACCCUCAAGACUCGCCUCCAAUCCUCGACCGGGUUCUUUCCUUCAGGUGGCUUUAGCGGCAUUUAUCGUGGCAUUGGUUCUGCCCUCGUUGGUUCGGCUCCUGGCGCUGCGUUUUUCUUCUGCACAUAUGAGGGUGUAAAGGGUCUUUUGGCCGAUAAGGAUUAUACUUCUGCGCCAGGAUGGAAGGCUCCUGUCACGCACAUGGCUGCUGCCAGUGCGGGUGAGAUAGCUGCUUGUGCCGUGCGUGUACCAACUGAGGUUGUUAAGCAGCGUGCCCAGGCCGGUCAUCAUGGAGGUUCUUCGGCUGCAGCGCUGCGAGCUAUUCUGUCGCGAUACUCCAGCCAUGGAUUUGUUCCCAUGUGGCGCGAGCUCUACCGUGGCUGGGGUAUUACUGUCUUUCGUGAGGUGCCCUUCACCGUGAUCCAGUUCCCGCUAUGGGAGGCCAUGAAGUCAUGGGGGCGUCGCCGCCGUGGUGGGCGUGAGGUCACUGCUGCUGAGAGCGCUCUUUACGGAAGCAUGGCUGGUGGUUUCUCUGCAGCACUUACUACGCCACUUGAUGUGCUCAAGACAAGGGUCAUGUUGUCCAAAGAGCGUGUGUCAGUGUCGAAAAUAUUCGGUCAAAUAAUGCGUGAGGAGGGCAGCAAGGCAUUCUUCGCUGGUCUAGCGCCGCGAGUAACAUGGAUUUCUAUAGGUGGCGCGAUCUUCCUGGGAAGUUACCAAUGGGCCAUCAACACGAUGAAUGGUGUGGUAUAG